AGUAGCUCUUUUGGACAGAAGUAUUACAAACAUACCUUGAUAAAUAGAAGAUGGAUAGAGCUUAUGAGAUAGAGGAUAGGAUUUCAUUAGUGAAAGGGGCUCAGGACAUUGCCAAGGAGGUCAAGAAGCAGGCAGUAAAGAAAGCAAACAAAGCAGUAGAUAGAGCUCAAGAUGGGUAUACUGAAAGAUCUUACAAUAGAUUCCAAGGUGAAGAAGAAAACGAUUAUUAUAGCCAAGGUGGAAACUAUGAAGAAGCAAAUGAAGAUGAAGGAUCAAGUGAAGCAACUGAAGGACAUGAUGAAGAUGAUGAGAUUUAUGAGGGAGAAUAUCAAGGAAUCCCAAGUACAGUGCAGAACAAAGAUGGAAUUGCAGCUUUAAGACAGCAAACAACAGAUGUUUACAAGGAUACACAUGAAUUAGAGACAGAGAGAAAAGCCGAUGAAGAAGAGCUUGCACAGCAAUAUGAGUUAAUCAUUCAAGAAUGUGGACAUGGACGUUUUCAGUGGGCCCUCUUUUUUGUCCUUGGAAUGGCACUAAUGGCUGAUGGGGUAGAGGUUUUUGUGGUUGGAUUUGUAUUGCCCAGUGCUGAGACAGAUAUGUGCAUCCCCAACUCUGGAUCAGGAUGGCUUGGUAGCAUAGUAUACCUUGGGAUGAUGGUGGGAGCGUUCUUCUGGGGAGGCUUGGCAGACAAGGUGGGAAGGAGACAGUCUCUUCUGAUAUGUAUGUCUGUCAAUGGAUUCUUUGCCUUCCUUUCAUCCUUUGUCCAGGGCUAUGGCUUCUUCCUCUUCUGUCGAUUACUCUCUGGAUUUGGGAUUGGAGGAGCUGUUCCAGCUGUAUUUUCAUAUUUUGCUGAAGUACUUGCUCGAGAGAAACGUGGAGAACAUUUAAGUUGGCUUUGCAUGUUUUGGAUGAUUGGAGGUAUCUACGCAUCUGCCAUGGCCUGGGCAAUCAUUCCUCACUAUGGAUGGAGUUUCAGCAUGGGAUCUGCUUAUCAGUUUCACAGCUGGAGAGUGUUUGUUAUAAUGUGCGCACUACCCUGUGUUUCUGCUGUGGUGGCACUUACUUUUAUGCCAGAAAGUCCAAGGUUCUUGCUUGAGACUGGGAAACAUGAUGAAGCUUGGAUGAUUCUCAAACAAAUUCAUGAUACAAAUAUGCGAGCCCGUGGCCAGCCUGAAAAAGUUUUCACAGUUAACAGGAUCAAAAUGCCAAAACAGGUAGAUGAGCUUAUAGAAAUAGAAAGUGAUACAGGUACCUGGUACAGGAGAUGCUAUGUCAGAGUGCGCACAGAACUCGAUAUUUUUCUUAUUUUCUCACAGAUUUGGUUAACAUUUAUGAGAUGUUUCACCUAUCCAGUCAAGGACAAUACAAUAAAGCUUGCAGUUGUAUGGUUUACUCUUUCUUUUGGCUACUAUGGAUUGUCCGUCUGGUUUCCAGAUGUCAUUAAGCAUCUACAAGCAGAUGAAUAUGCUUCUAAAGUGAAGAAUUUUAACAAUAAGAAGAUUGUGGACUUUGAUUUCAACUUUACUUUGGAAAAUCAGAUCCAUUUUAAUGAGACAUUCAUCAAUGACAGGUUCAAAAUGAUGACAUUCAAAUCAGUUAUUUUUCAAGACGUCCUUUUUCAGAACUGUUACUUUGAGGAUGUUACUACACUGAAUACAUAUUUUAGGAACUGCACUUUUAUAGAGACUGUUUUCUUCAGUACAGAUCUUGAGCCAUAUAAAUACCCUGGCAGUGAAUUUAUAAAUUGUACAUUCUUUCACAACAAGACAGGAUGUCAGAUUUCCUAUGAUGAUGAUUACAGUGCUUACUGGAUUUAUUUUGUCAAUUUCCUGGGGACUUUAGCAGUAUUACCAGGAAAUAUUGUCUCAGCUCUUCUGAUGGAUCGAAUUGGACGUUUAACAAUGUUGGGUGGUUCUAUGAUUCUUUCUGGCAUUAGCUGCUUUUUCCUGUGGUUUGGUACAAGUGGAUCCAUGAUGAUAGGCAUGCUGUGCCUGUACAACGGCCUCACCAUCUCAGCAUGGAAUUCUCUUGAUGUCAUUACCGUGGAGCUGUAUCCUACAGAUAGGAGGGCAACGGGCUUUGGCUUUUUAAAUGCACUGUGCAAAGCAGCAGCUGUUCUUGGAAACCUAAUAUUUGGUUCUUUUGUUGUCAUUACCAAAUCAGUUCCUAUUCUGCUAGCUUCUACAGUUUUAGUGUGUGGAGGUUUGGUAGGACUUCGACUCCCUGACACCAGAACCCAAGUACUGAUGUAAAUUGAGAUGGGUGGUGGAUAAAAAAGCCAUUUAUUAUUUCUUUUCCUCUGUUUCUAAAUGUCAGAUUUCUUGGCUGGAUGUGGGGAGGCUUCAGAUUUUUGAUUCAAGGAAAGUAAUGGCAUAGAGAGGUUCUACCCUCAAAAUGAAACUACUGCAACAGAAAAUUAAGAGACACACAGGAAAUAAGAGUGAUUUCACUCCACUUCAGUAGAGCCAUUUGCCCCAGCAUUGUGCACCCCAUCAGCCCAGCCCUCUAAGUUCACACCUGUGAAAUUCCAGCGAGUGGAGCCUACAUGUGUUGUUCCCCCACACACACACUUUUUUUGCAGGUAAAAACUGAAAGAGCCUGUAUGCAUGUAGAUACCCACAUUGCAUUUUUGAGAAAGAGAGAAAUGAAAAUUAUGGGCUGGAACUGGUGGAACCUAUGCUAUUGGGGACAGAGCAAAUGGCCAUUGCCAACCUAUCCCUCAGUUCAUUUAGUGAGUGCAUAGGUAUGUUUCUGACGACAGUUGCUGUUAAAACAAAAACCAGUAUAAUCCCUUUUAUUUCACACUGAAAGAGCAGUUGAGUAACAGAUGAAGCUGACAUAAUUUCAGUGGCUUCUAUGAAUUUCCCGCCUCAAAAUUAAGAUUUCCAAUUAAAUUAAGGAAAAGAAUAAAGAAAACAGCUAUUUCAUAGAAGCCUAUAUUUUUCCAUAGAGGUCAUCUCUGUGUAGGAAAAUGAGUUUCCAAGCCAUUUCUGAAAUGCAAUUGUUUGGUUGAUGAGAAUAGGGUUGUAAGACAGA